AUGGCGUCAGUCGGUGAGUCUCCGGUACCACUGAAGGAGAAGAAGCUCCUGGAAGUCAAACUAGGGGAGCUGCCAAGCUGGAUACUGAUGCGGGACUUCACCCCUUCGGGCAUCGCUGGAGCAUUUCAAAGAGGCUACUAUCGGUAUUACAACAAGUACGUGAACGUGAAGAAAGGGAGCAUUGCGGGGGUCUCGAUGGUGCUGGCGGCCUACGUGUUUUUCAACUACUGCCGCUCUUACAAGGAGCUCAAACACGAGCGGCUACGCAAGUACCACUGA